AUGGCGGACAGUUCAGAAAAUUCUGGAUCUUCUAAGAUUAAAAUUACUGUUAAAACUCCUAAAGAAAAACAUGAAAUAGAAUUAGAAGCCGAUGGUGGAAUAAAAGAAUUGAAGGAUGAAGUUUCAAAACAAUUUGGCUGUCCUAUUGAACAAGUUUGUUUAAUUUUUGCUGGAAAGAUUUUGAAAGAGGGUGAAACACUGGCACAACAUGGUAUUAAAGAUGGUUUAGUUGUUCACUUAGUUAUUAAAUCAGCCAAUAGAAUACCAAGUGCUCCACAGCCUGCUGAUAUUAAUGCCACUCCAUUUGGUCUUGGUGGACUAGGAGGAUUAGCUGGUCUGGGUAAUAUGGGUAUGGGAUCUGCUAAUUUUAUGGAAAUGCAACAAAGAAUGCAGAGAGAAAUGAUGGGAAAUCCAGAUAUGAUGAGACAAAUGAUGGAUAAUCCUUUUGUACAACAGAUGAUGUCCAGUCCAGAUGUUAUGAGACAACUAUUAAUGAAUAAUCCACAAAUGAGAGAAUUGAUGGAGAGAAACCCAGAAAUAACUCAUAUGUUGAAUAACCCUGAGUUAAUGAGACAGACUAUGGAACUAGCCAGAAACCCCUCUAUGUUACAAGAAUUAAUGAGGACACAAGAUCGAGCUAUGAGUAAUUUAGAGAGUAUUCCUGGUGGGUUUAAUGCGUUACAGAGAAUGUAUCGUGAUGUACAGGAACCAAUGAUGAAUGCUGCUCAAGAAGGAUUUGGAAAUAAUCCAUUUGCCUCUUUAGUUAAUCAGGAUGGAACAUCAUCUGAUAGUCAAAGAGGUCUUGAAAAUACAGCACCGCUACCAAAUCCCUGGGCACCUGCUGGUAGUAGUACUACCACAUCCAAUACAACUAGCAUGUUCAAUACACCUGGAAUGCAGAGUCUCAUGACACAGAUGCAACAGAAUCCACAAAUGAUGCAGAAUAUGUUACAGGCUCCUUACAUGCAGGCCAUGUUACAGACAAUGUCAGCUAAUCCUCAGUUAUCUCAACAGAUAUUAGGUAGUAACCCAAUGUUUGCUGGAAAUCCUCAGUUACAACAACAUUUUCAGCAACAUAUGCCCACUUUAAUACAACAGAUGCAGAAUCCUGAUAUGCAGGCCAUGUUAACUAAUCCAAGGGCCAUGCAGGCUAUGAUGCAGAUACAACAAGGAAUGCAGACAUUAGCAACUGAGGCACCAGGUUUAACUCCAGGGCUUCUUGGAGCACCUCCAACAACAGGACAGUCAGCAACAACAGCAUCACCUGCUUCACCAGCCUCAGCAACAACAACACCUGCUAGUCCUGCUGCUGGUACAGCAACCUCACCAUCAACAACAACAGAAACACCAGCAACUGGUACAGUUCCUUCUCUUGUACCAGAGCAGAGAUUUGCCUCCCAACUCGAACAAUUAACUACCAUGGGUUUUGUUGAUAGACAAGCAAACAUUCAAGCAUUAACAGCUACAGCAGGAGAUGUGAAUGCAGCUAUUGACAGAUUAUUACAACAAAGAUAA